ACGCUGACUUCGGAGGCUGCCGGGAUUGGGGUGGGGGUGCCUGGGAAGCAGACCUUCUGGGAGAGCCAAACCCUCAGCGCGGUAGAAGCGGGAAGAGGGGAGAGACGGAGUCGCCCCAGUCUGCAGGACACGCGACUGUCGUGCUUAGGGUAGGGGACUGGGUGGUGACGGCUGAGGGGGCGGCAGGCUGGGGAGGAGUCAGCCUGGUGGGGAAGCUACUGAGGCCCGCCGGCCAGGAAGGAGAGGCGGCCCGACCCCUCUGAGGUCCCUCCCCUCAGCCUCUCCCCACAUCGCUCCUUCCCUCUGAGUUCAGCGCCAGUCGCAGAGGGGACUGCACCAUCCUCCUGUCCCAGCAAGGGGGCUCCAGAGACUGUGCAGCCAGGAAGUCGUGACCUGGGGACGCGGACGGUGCCUUGGUAAUGUCCAGGGUUCCAGGAAGAGAUGUCCUUGUGGCUGGAGGCCCCUGUGCCUGACUCUGCAGUGGAGCUGUGGGAGCCAGAGGCCCAUGAUGCCAGCAGCCAGGCCCAGGGAGGCAGCAGCUGCAUCCUCAGCAAGGAAACCAGGAUGCCUCCAUCUGCCAGGGGAACUUCGGCAAUGGGGCUGGAGGGGGAGGAGCCCAGAGCCCUGCUCCCCAGGGUGGAGGCCCUUCCAGAGCCCACAGAGCUCCGACCACAGAAGCGGAAAAAGGGGCCGGCUCCCAAGAUGCUGGGCAAUGAGCUGUGCAGUGUGUGCGGGGACAAGGCCUCCGGCUUCCACUACAAUGUGCUGAGCUGCGAGGGCUGCAAGGGAUUCUUCCGCCGCAGCGUCAUCAAGGGGGCCCACUACGUCUGCCACAGCGGCGGCCACUGCCCCAUGGACACAUAUAUGCGUCGCAAGUGCCAGGAGUGUCGGCUCCGCAAGUGCCACCAGGCGGGCAUGCGGGAAGAGUGUGUCCUGUCCGAAGAACAGAUCCGCCUGAAGAAGCUGAAGCGGCAAGAGGAGGAACAGGCUCAGGCCAUGUCUGUGCCCACGGGGGCUGCCUCGCCCCCCCAGGUCCUGCCCCAGCUCAGCCCGGAGCAGCUGGGCAUGAUCGAGAAACUGGUCGCUGCCCAGCAGCAGUGUAACAAGCGCUCCUUUUCUGAUCAACUUCGCGUCACGCCUUGGCCCAUGGCACCCGACCCCCAGAGCCGGGAGGCCCGGCAGCAGCGCUUUGCCCACUUCACGGAGCUGGCCAUCGUGUCUGUGCAGGAGAUUGUCGACUUUGCCAAACAGCUCCCUGGCUUCCUGCAGCUCAGCCGGGAGGACCAGAUCGCCCUGCUGAAGACCUCUGCGAUCGAGGUGAUGCUUCUGGAAACAUCCCGGAGGUACAACCCUGGGAGCGAGAGCAUCACCUUCCUCAAGGAUUUCAGUUAUAACCGGGAAGACUUUGCCAAAGCAGGGCUGCAGGUGGAGUUCAUCAACCCCAUCUUCGAGUUCUCCAGAGCCAUGAAUGAGCUGCAGCUCAAUGAUGCGGAGUUCGCGCUGCUCAUUGCCAUCAGCAUCUUCUCCGCAGACCGGCCCAAUGUGCGAGACCAGCUCCAAGUGGAGAGGCUGCAACACACCUAUGUGGAGGCCCUGCAUGCCUACGUCUCCAUCCACCACCCCCACGACCGACUCAUGUUCCCGCGGAUGCUGAUGAAGCUGGUGAGCCUGCGCACACUGAGCAGCGUCCACUCGGAGCAAGUGUUCGCCCUGCGUCUGCAGGACAAAAAGCUUCCCCCGCUGCUCUCUGAGAUCUGGGAUGUACACGAAUGAAGGUCCCUGGCUGUCCCCUGGAGGUGGACCAGAAGACAGGAACAAACGUUGCUGGGAACUGAGCAAAGGAGAUCGAUCCUCCGUGGCAUUAGAGGAGCAUUACAGGGUUGGGGCUCUGUGGCUGCCGGGCGUGGGGGCCUGCUAAAGCUGUGCUCUGUGUGAAGACCUCCUGCCCCGCUGCGUGACUGACCUGGGGGCCGCUUUGCACAAGGUUCUCCAGGGUUAGCCCUGCCCAUCCUGCUUCCACCACUUCCUGUUUUUCUCCACAGGGCCCCAAAAGAAAUUCUCCACUGUCACUCUGUGGGUUGGCCAUAAAUGCCUCGGGGGUGCCACACUGAUAGGUCUGGCGUGUUGGAACAGGAAGACACAGAUGAACGCAGAGCAAUGAAUGCAAACCAAUUUCUGGGUGGGGGGGCGGUGAGGAGGAGGCAGCCCCUGUCCUGCAGGAUCUGCUGCCUCGAGACUCAGUCAAGUCAGAAGUGACAGCCAGAGGGGAACUCCUUUUUCUAGCCCCGUUGUGCCCUGUGGAUCGAUGAAAUGCCGAGGCUUAACGACCCUCUCCUCUUUAAUGAUCCAGUGGUCGUGUGUACAUAAUGUCUUAGUUUUUCCUUUGGCAUCUGAAAAAGGCAUAACCUGAAAUACUCAGGGCCGGGUAGUCUCUACUUCCAGUCUCCAGGCCCUGUGGGUUAGAAAGAAAAGCCGCAUAAACCAGGCGAAGCACUCCCCGCCCCCGCGCGCUUCGCGCGCGCCUCCCCGCGGAGCGUUGAACCCUCAAAAGCCUGGACUCCACUUCCCAGCAGACGUCGCGGCUCAGGCCACGCCCCCUCCUGGGCGCACGCCCGGGCAGGUGCGCCUUCGCCUCUGUGCACCCCUAUCGCCCAGAAUUGGUAGGCUCCAGUGUCCGGGCUGUCGACUGGGCUGCGCAGGCGGCUGGACGCUUCCAAGUCGCGUGCGGGGGGGGGUCGAGGUCAGGUGUGAGGAGCGGGCCGGAAAAAAUCGCAGGAGCGGUUUAUUUUGAGAAGUCAUUUUCGG